AUGGGUUGGGGGUCAUCUUCAAGAUGGCUUGCCAUCGCCCGAACACUGCAGCUUGCUGCGGCUUUAGUAUCGACCGCUCUACAUGGCUUCAACACCAUAUGGAUUCAUGUCAAGAAGCUCGGUAUGACACAGCACAUGGUCAUCCUUGAGCUGUUGAUCGUCCUCAUCACCCUGUACACCACCAUCGCCAUUUUGGUUCAACACUACAACUGGCGUUCCAUAACGGAGCCAUGGCUGGUUGCUUUUGUGGUUCUCGACUUGAUCUUUUGCGCCAUGACGAUGGCCAUCAUAUCCUUGCUUGCCUGGAAUGGCCUUCCUGUCAGCUGUGUCGGCCUCACGCGGCCAAAGGAGUAUCUGGCCGGCGAUGCCCCGAACGGGUACCGAAACAGGUUCUCGACUAACGGCUUCACUGACGGGAACCAAAACAUGCCCGGGGAACUAGACAAGUUCUGCCCUCUGGAGCGCGCAUAUUUUGGGUUCGCCCACGCUUUGGUCUUCUUUUACAUUGCGACCAUUGUCCUCAACGUCGUCCGCAUCUUGGAGCUCAAGUAUAUCAAGAUUGGCAAUUUGGGGGAGGACGAGGAGGUGAAUCUUAAGGCGGUCAAGGACCUCGAGGAGCCAUCACCCAUCUCCAGCACCGCAAGAGUCAAUCUGGCGCCACCAGCACCACCAAGCGAAGGCAUCGUUUCACGCACUGCUUCUCUUCGAAGCACCACGACGGCCUCAACAUCGCGCCCCGCUUACUCGGCGGUUCCUGCUCGGGCUCACACAGCCGCCAUCCCACGGCGACCCGUGGGAGCAGGCGGUGCGGUGCCAUCGCCACACCGACGGCCGCAGUCGGAUGCUUUCAACCGAGUCUCUUUGGACGAAGAUAGCGAUAAUGCCGAAGCAGCGUUGGUGUCAGACGGCAUGAGGCAUCAGCACCGGCAACCACCUUCGAGAGACUAUGUUCCUCACCCACCACAUCAACAGCAGUACCCGCACCCACACAAUCACCACCGGAUGCCCAGUUUGCUCGAGGAGGACCAGAUGACGACCACGUCUGAUAUGGACCACGCGUUGGUGUCGGAUGGGAUGAGGCCAUCAGCACCCAUGCUUCCACCGUAUGAACCGGGCAAUAGACGGACCAGUAUAGGUGGUUAG